AUGCGUCCACAAGUCCUCAUGGAAAAGUUGCGACUUCGACUUCUGAUCCUAGAGGGAAAACUUCGAGACACCGUCGAUAGUGGGAUUAUUCACCUGUCAGAUACAAAUUUCACUGCUCGAAUCGAGACAAACAUGGGAAGAAUUCAAUACAGGGCCUUGGAGCUUCACGAGAGGACGCUUUUGACGUCGGAGGGGAUUCUACAAGAAAUAAAGGCAGUCGGGAAGGGUCACUCAUUCGAAAUUAAUGCGUGCAUUCGGGAUGUGAAAGCCUUGGAAAGGGACCUCGAGGUAUGCCACCCUUCGGAGACUCGGAUAUCAAUGUUGCUUUUCCUGAUUGAUAAAAUGCGCAGAUAA